AUGGCCCAGAAGGUGCUGUCCCUGUUGCCGCUGCUGCUGCUGGCCGCGGCGGGCUUGCUCGGCCUGCUGCUGCUCUGCGUCCGCACCCGGGACGUCCAGGAGCCGUCCGGCCUCAAGUAUGGCAUCGUCCUGGACGCAGGCUCCUCGCACACGUCCAUGUUUGUGUACAAGUGGCUGGCGCACAAGGAGAACAACACCGGCAUUGUGGGUCAGCACAGCUCCUGUGAUGUCCGUGGUGGGGGCAUCUCCAGCUAUGAACACAACCCCUCCCGGGCUGGCCAGAGCCUCAGAGAAUGCCUGGACCAGGCACUACAGGAUGUGCCCAAAGAGAGCCACUCGGGCACACCUCUCUACCUGGGAGCCACCGCGGGCAUGCGCCUGCUCCAGCUGACCAACCCCCAGGCCUCAGACAAAGUCCUGGCCGCUGUGACGCAGACCAUGAGUGAGUACCCCUUUGACUUUCGGGGUGCUCGUAUCCUCUUGGGCCAGGACGAGGGAGUCUUCGGCUGGGUCACCGUCAACUACCUGCUGGAGAACUUCAUCAAGUAUAACUGGGUGGGCCAGUGGUUUCAGUCCCCGAAGGAGACCCUGGGGGCCAUGGACCUGGGCGGCGCCUCCACACAGAUCACCUUUGAGAUAAACAGUGACGCCGAAGAUCCAGCCAGCCAGGCUCACCUGCAGCUCUAUGGCCGCCCUUACCACGUCUACACACACAGCUUCCUCUGCUAUGGCCGAGACCAGGUCCUCCGGAGGCUGCUGGCCAGAGUCCUCCAGGCCCAUGACACCCACCCCUGCUGGCCGAGGGGCUUCACCAGGGAGGUAUCCCUCCAGGAUGUGUACAGGCCCCCCUGCACAGAGGCCCAGGUGCCCCAGAUCCUGAGCGGGAGAACCAGCGUCAGCCUGGCGGGCAGCGGCAACUGGACUCUCUGCCAAAGCUUGGUGUCCAACCUCUUCAAUCAGUCCUCCUGCCCCUUCUCUCACUGCUCCUUCGACGGCGUCUUCCAGCCCCCCGUAGCCGGCAACUUCAUCGCCUUCUCCGCCUUCUUCUAUAUCAUAGACUUCCUGCACACUGUGAUGGGGUGGCCAGUGACAACCCUGCCCCAGCUGGAGUUGGCCUCCAAGUCUCUCUGCAGCCACACCUGGCAAGAGCUGCAGAAGCUGUCGCUAAAGAACAACUCACGCCUGGCUGAAUACUGUGCGGGGGCCCUAUACAUACAGUACCUGCUGAGCCGCGGCUAUGGCUUUAACGACCGCGCCUUCCGUGGCGUGGCCUUCCAGAAGGAGGUCCGUGACACGUCGGUGGGCUGGGCGCUGGGCUACAUGCUGAAUCUGACCAACAUGAUCCCCGCUGACCCGCCGAGGCUGCUCAAGAGCUCGGUCCUGGGGUCCUGGGUGGUCCUCUUGCUGCUCUUCUCCGCGUUGCUCCUGAGCGCGCUGGGGCUGCUGCUGCGCCAGACGCUCGCCUCCAAGACGUCCAACUUCAGCUAGUGGUCUCGGGACCGCCCCGUGUGUGUGUCUCCACCUGCAACUUGCUAUGGGCUGCGGGGUGGGUGUCAGAGGAGCUCAGCCUGCCCUUUCCAGCCCCUCCUUCUCCACUGUAACACGCCCCUCCCCAGGCUUAGCUGAGUCGCAGGCAUCUCCUCUUCCUGUGUGUGUGUGUGUGGUUCUGUGUCCCAACCUGUGAUGGUAGGAGGUAAGGUUUUAUUCUGAAAACCAGCACCCUGCACUCUGUAUUGGGGGAGGGUUAGGGUCCACAGGCUGGGAACCAGCCCAGAACCUGCUUGUAAAGUUUUGUAAUAAAUUUCUUUUCCUAUA